CACAUUUAUCAGUGAUUGGACUCACCUGCGCCUCAUUUCUCCGCCGCUCUUUCCCCCGGAGAGAUUGGCUGGCGCCUGUAUAAAUAUUCCGUGCGUAGCUCAAACCGCAUCACUGCAGCGCGCAACUUCAGAGGGACUUUGUGCUGCUUGUCGAAACAUCCAAUGGCGUUACCGGGGUAUUGCUGGAGGGCGCUGCUGGGUGCCUGUGUGCUGCUGAUGGUGAAGGCGGAUUGCGGCCAGGACUGCGUACGCUGCACUUACCACCUGAAGAGCCCGCACAUGCAAAUAGACGCCCUGACGUGUACAUUAGGAUGUGAAGGGAAACUCCCUACAGAGAAGUCCUGGGAUCUCUGCAAAGAGGUCCUGCAAGGGGAGAAACCCAACAGCAUCACAGAAGAUGUGACAGAAAACGAGAAGCAGGGCGAUGGUGGACAUCAGCUGGCCAAGAAGUACGGAGGCUUCAUGAAGAGGUACGGCGGCUUCAUGAAGAAGACCGCAGAGCUGUAUGACGUGGAGCAGGAGGAUCAAGACCACGGCCGGGAGAUUCUGGGGAAGAGGUACGGCGGAUUCAUGAAGAAAGAUGGAGAGCCUGAAGUGGACACCGUCACCAUACUGAAGGAGAUCCUGGGCACUGGGGGAGAUGAGGAGGAUGAUGAUGAGAUGAGGGGUGAUCAGGAGGGUGGGCUGGAGAAACGGUACGGAGGGUUCAUGAGAAGCAUCAGGAGGAGCUCGGACCUGGAAGACGAGAUCAAAGACCUACAGAAACGAUACGGUGGCUUCAUGAGAAGGGUCGGAAGACCUGAAUGGAAGGAAGAUCAGAAAAGAUAUGGUGGCUUCCUCAAACGAUACAGAGAAGAAGGUGAGGAGAACAACUCCGAGAACCUACCAUACCUGGACAAGAGAUACGGCGGAUUUAUGCUGUAUUAGUGUGAAAACGAAAAGACUCUUAAAUCCUUAUCGCUCAUGUCUUGCUUGCAAUGGCCAUUUUUAUUUAUUUUUUUUAAACUAGGAUGUAUGUGUAUCUUCUCCAUUUGCUAUGAACACCAGACGUUUUAGCUGUUUAUUUUCUGCAAGUUACCAGGAGCAGCAUUACAUUGUAAUGAUGAGGAUGUAAUGCAUUGCGUGUUGCACGCAGUGAAAGAUUUGAAACCCUUUUUCCUAGUUGGGGUGGGGAAAACUGAGAAAAAGACCUUUUUUCUAUGCAUUCUAUUGCUUUAACACAAACAGCCACCCACAGCCAGUCAGAUGAUAAAUAGCUUAAAGAAUUAUUAUAUGACCAUGUAAUAAAUACCUGUCACUAGAAAAUGAUAGCCAAGUGUUGGCCGAAUGCCUAUCAAAAAACCAUUAGGACACUCUCUCCUCUACUCUACCUAUUGUAUGGUUAAAGGUUAUGUUUAAGCAUAACCGUUUAAAUGUGCAACGUCUGUUGCUUUCUGUGGUUUUCGUUAAUGUUCCUGCGUGUGUAGUUCCUGAGGCUUGAACUCUAUUUUUUUAAAGCACUAUUUUAUAAUUUAAAUCGAAGCUGUCUUUCCAGUUGCUUAGUUGUACAGACAACAAUAAAUUUAAUCUGCAGAA